AUGGCUACAUUUUUGCCAUUGUUUUUAGAAAAGUCGCUCAAAGAAAAGCUCCGGCACCUUGUACGGAACGUUGUCAAUACGCUGCUACCGAUCAUAUUUUUACUGGCCGUGCUGCUAUUGCACACAAAGCAACUGACCCUAGUGAAUGAAACCCAAGAGAUCAACCUAAAUCAGGAUGAUCUUGGCGAAUAUUUCCCCGGAGAGUCAAUCAACAAAGUCUAUUAUACACCAUCGAACUCAUCGACAAUCAACGAACUGAUAGAGAAUGUGCGCCAAACACUGUUCAUCAAGGAUGAACGAGUGGAAUCGUUUGCCAGUGAAGCGGAACUGGAGCAUGCCCUGCUCGGCAAUGCGAACCUUUGCUAUGGCAUCAUCUUUCACAACGUAUCCAACGAAGGCCGCCUACGGUACACGAUCCGUACGAAGAACAACAACUUUCGUACGGACGUCACCUACUCGCGGGAUGUGUUCGGGAGCUUCUCGAAGCGGGACAACCAGUACAUCGAGAGUGGCUUUUUGGCCCUACAGAAUGCGAUAGAUCGUGCGUUUAUGUCGACCGUGACGCUAAGCGGGACCGCCGAUCGUGCCGAAGUUACGAUACAGUACGGACACAUUCCAGUGGUGGGCGAUCAGGGUCCACAGGAACCGACCAGAAUCGUGCUGGUGGUGGCCGUGCUCGGUGUGUGCUUCACGGUGUGCAGUACGUACUUGCUGCUGUUGCCACUGGUCGAGGAGCGUGCUUGCGGGAUGUACGAGUACCUGAAGUUGGCCUGCCAGCAAAGCUACUGGAACGAGGUGGCCAUCUUUUUGGUGAGCUUUGUACAUUUCCUCUCCAUCAUGCUCGUGUGCAUUGCAGUCGGCGCCGUCGGAGGCAUCUGGGACACGAAUCCCGCCCAGAUGGUGUAUCUCGGUUGCUUGGGUGUCCUGUUUCUCGUUUGUCUCAUCACGUUUACCUUCUUUCUGAGUGCCACGCUAGAGUCGGCAACCAUCGCCACCGCCAUCGCGACGGUGUGCCACUUUGCCCCGGUUCUGGUGGUGUUCAUUCAUGACGAGCUGGCCCCGCUGCUGGUGAUCUUCCCCGUGAAUGGUUUGCUGUACGGUGCGCACAUUUUCCACAACUACAAAGCCUCUGGACACCGGUUCGGGGCGGCCAGUUUGUUCAGCAGCGGGUACCCCGGCAUGGAGGGGCUCAGUCUCUUCAGUCUGUUCGUGUGCAUGACGCUAGGUAUCAUUCUGUGGGCUUUUCUUUGGUUCUACGUCAAAAACGUUUACCCCGGCCGGUUUGGUACACCGAAAUCGAAGGGGUUUUUCCUGUCGCGCAAGUACUGGGGCAAGCUGCGCGAGACCGUUUGUGGUGGCGGUACGAACAAAAUUAGCAUCACCAGCUGGGAAAAUCCGAUGGAUGUUGGUACGGCCGAGGGAGGGGGAUCAUUUGAGCACAUUAGCCUCCAGCAGCAGCCUGAUGGCGCACCCGUAUCCGCACCCGAUCCGGUGUCUAACGGGGGGCCCAAGGAAGAGCGGGCCGGAAGGUACCUGGAGCGGCUGGUGCAUAUUUCGCGGCUCCGGAAGGUCUUCAAAAGCCGCUCGUCCGGGACGGGGGGCGCCAAAGUGGCGGUGAAUGAUUUCUCGCUUUCCAUCUACGGCCACACCAUCACGGUGCUGCUCGGUCACAAUGGGGCAGGCAAAACGACCACGAUGAACAUCAUCACCGGAAUGCUGCCCCGUACGUCCGGUACGAUCGCGGUGGACGGAGAGUACGAUCCGGACCGGUACCGGCAGCAGAUCGGUUUCUGUCCGCAGCACAACGUUUCGUUCGCGUACCUAAACUGCCGGGAGCACGUCGAGUUUUUCGGCCGUCUCCGUGGCCUGACCGUGGACGAGGCACGCACCGAAGCCGCAACCAUACUGGAGAAGGUCAAUUUGCUGGACAAAGCGGACUGUAAAGUUCCUGCCCUGUCCGGCGGUAUGCAGCGCCGGUUGAACCUGGCCAAUGCCAUCAUCGGACGCACGAAGCUGCUCAUUCUGGAUGAGCCCACGUCCGGGUUGGAUCCGGAAUCGAGGCGUGACAUCUGGAAUGUGCUGUUGCGGUUACGCCAGGAUCACACGAUUCUGCUGACGACACACUUCAUGGAAGAGGCGGACAUUCUGGGUGACUGGGUUGCGAUCAUGGAGUACGGUGAGCUGGUGGCGUUCGGUUCGCCAAUGUACCUCAAACAGCACUUCGGAAAGGGCUACACGCUGAAGUUGCUCAUGGGCGAUAGGUUUGAGCGGCGGGCAACCCUGGAGCUGAUACGCCAGUUUGUGCCCGAUGCGAUCGAGCGGGUCUCCGUGCAGCAAGUGUGUGCGGUUACCCUACCGUACACGGCGCUGGACAAGUAUUCCGAGCUGCUGGAGCAACUGGAGCUGCAGAAGGACGAACUGCACAUCAAAACGAUCAGCAUCAAUAACGCUACCUUGGAAGAAGUUUUCCUCAACUCUAGCAGAACUCAGAACAAGGUGAUCGAACAUCACCCGCAAAGCUUCGAUUGCGUCGAUGGGAACGUUUCCGGUGGUAGCUCCAACAGUGGCAACAUCGCUCGAGCGGCCAGCAGGAGGCAAACGGCCAACGAUAGAUGGAUUGAUCUGUGGAACAGCCACGUAGCGAUUUGGAUGAAAAAGUUGAUCCACAUGAGACGAAAUGCGCACGUUUACGGGUGCCUGAUCGGAUUGCCACUGAUCGUUACGAUCGGUUGCUUUGCGUUCGGGUCCGCCAACGAGGAUGUUGCCAUCAGCUUACCGGGCAUCGAUCUGCACGCGGGUGCGAUCCACCGAGCGCUCGGCUUCGUCGUCGUUAACCGGGACAAUGCGGUUCAGCAUCCGCUGCUCAGGAAGGACGCAAUAAGUGAGGACGUACAAGGCCUAUUCCCGGCCGGGUUGGAGCUGGUGGUCCUCGAGAACGUUUCCCUGCAGGAACGGCUCAAGAAUGAAAGUGCGCAAGACUACACCGCGUACCGUGACCGCGUGGUGGUCGGCAUCGAGUUCAACGUGACGACCAGCGGGGCGGACGUUACAGUGCUGCAUAACAACAAUCUUGUGCACAGCUCUGGGAUCGCGCAAUCCGUGGUAACCACGUUGCUCCUACGCUACUACUACGGUCUGGCCGGUGCUAGCGUGGAGGUACAGAAUGUUCCUGCUACCCGUAAGCAAAUGAUCGAUUUUCGGACCCCACUAUUUUUCACGGAGUUUAUAUCAAUAGCAUUCAUGAUCUAUAUGCUGCAAUUUCUGCAAGUUCCGCUGCUGGAGAAGCUGAGCGGGUUUCGGCAGCUUCAAAACAUCAAACGGUACUACUGGACGGCCACACUGAUUUUCGAUUUAACGCUCCACUUGGUGGUUUGCUUGCUGGUGGUGUGUGCGGCCACACUGCUCGACAAGCAUCAGGCCCUGUCAGGCUCGGCCUAUUGCCACAUUUUCUGUGUGCUGUUGCUGUACGGUCUGGUCGCCCUGAUGGUCGUGUACAUCGUGAGCCAGUGCGUUGAAAGUGCCAAUACGGCCAUCACGAUCAUGAGCUAUUUGACGAUGAUUGGAGCUGGUGGAGUAUUUCUGCUGUCCGACGGCUACGACAACAUCAAGAAAAACCAAACCGCCAUUUGGGUUUUGCACGUAGUGCCAGAGUUUGGCAUGAAACACUCGUUGCGCGUUAUUUACGAGAAUCAAAAGCUCACCGUUUACGAGGGCCUAUCUAGCCGCCAUCCGGGCAUCCGGAACGGAGUCAUGCUCGAACGUCAAAAGGAGUCACUGUAUCCGGUUACAUUCUACGUGAUCGGUCCCAUCAUUGCGAUCGUGUUGGCGCUCGUACUGGAUCGAAUAGUGGAGAACAUGCACAAUCGCGAAAUGUUAACCAUUUCCAUCGAAUCGGUCGGUGUAAAGAUCAGCACGCUUCGACGGAGGAUGACUUUUCGCCGCCAGGAGUCGUCGGAUCCGGAGGCAGGAAACCGGCCGCCCGUUAUUGCCACCGGUAGUCGCGACGAACCUGACGGCUCACCGGUGCAUUACGACGACGUGGAUCAAGAGUCGAAAACGGUACAGCAGCUGUACCAGCGGCAGGACAGCAUCGAAGAGGACAAGUACGCGCUCGUGGUGAAAGAUGUGCAGAAAAACUACGGAACGUACCGCGCCGUGAAGGGCAUAAGCUUCGCGGUAAAAAAGGGUGAGUGCUUCGGAUUGCUCGGUAUGAAUGGGGCCGGCAAAACGACCAUGUUUCAGAUGGUGUCCGGCAAUCUGCCGUCGUCGAGCGGUCACAUUUACAUGCAGGGCAAAAAGCUGGACCUGAAGCACGAUCAGCCGUACCGCGAGGAGUACGGUUACUGUCCACAGCUGGACGCGCUGCUCGACUUUAUGACCGUGCACCAGGUGAUUGAUUAUUUUGCGCGCCUGAAGAGUCUCCCGAACCGGCCCGAGCUAAUCAAUCGCUGGCUGACGGAACUGGAUAUCCUGCGCUACAUGGACCACGAGCUGCGCGACUGUUCGGGAGGCACGAAGCGCAAGGUGAACACCAUUCUGGCGCUGCUCGGCGAGCCGUCGGUCGUGCUGCUGGACGAGCCGACUACCGGUGUCGAUCCGAAAUCGCGCCACUUCCUGUGGAACUGUAUCAAAACCAUACAGCGGCACAAGCAAACGAUACUGCUCACCUCGCACAGCAUGGACGAGUGCGAGGAGCUGUGCGAUCGACUGUCGAUCAUGGUCGAAGGACGCCUCCGGUGUAUCGGAUUCAUUCCGCAACUCAAACAGCGUCACGGUGACGGAUUCAAUCUGCUGUUCAAGCUGCAGGACGGCUUCGUCGCAGAUUCCGGCUCCCGGGAGGGCUACACUGAGCUCGUGCGAACUAUCAAGGAGCGCUUGGGUGCUACGCUUCAGGAAGAACAUAAGGGUAUGUUGAAGUUUCUAAUCAAACCACCCCUUAAAUUGUCACACCUGUUUGCCGAGGCGCAGACACUGAAGAACGAACGAGACGAUCAGAUUGCAAACUAUUCCAUAAACGAGUCUUCGCUGGAAGACAUAUUCCUACGUUUCCAAAAGAAACAGUGCGUGGCCUAGGUUUGAUGUGGUAAUUCCAGGAAAAACUCAGCUAAGACCCUAGCAUACCAAAGAUGAUGUGAAACUGGUUCCGUUUACGAGUCAUAUUUGUUAUAGUAACCUUCUGCCUAAUUUUUCCAUACUGCCCCUUAAUAUUCCCACGCUCUCUAACCUGU